AUGUCUGUGGAUAUCGGAUGGGAGAAGAUCACUUCGGGCCCCGAUGGCGCUGCCCUCGCCGAGAAAAUUCGGGCAUUCGUGCAUGACAAGUUCCAGCAGAUCCCCCUUCCUCGCUUCAUCAAUGCAGUCCAUGUUCAUUCGUUCGAGCUGGGGUCAGUUUGUCCGGAUAUCGAGAUCAAGGAUAUUUGUGAUCCGCUUCCUGAUUUCUAUGAGGAUGAAGAGGAGGAUGAAGUCUACGCCGAUCAAACCGUGGAUGAAUCUGCAGUGGCGUCUGCACAGCACGAUGGCCCUGAGAGCAUGAACAACUAUGGGCCCCAGGACUCUGCCUCGUCUUCUCAGCAGCCACGCUCGGUGCCACAGCUUCCCAAUAUCAUCACGGGUCCAGGGCUUGCUAAAUUCAAUGCUUCAGUUUCUGCCAAGGAAGAUCUCAGUGCAGGCGAAGAGGCUUUUGCGGGCCCCUUCCCGCGGAGUACAACUCCUGGCAUCCCAGGCGGCACAUCCAAUCUCAGCUACUUUCACUUGCCUGGCGGCGGCCUUUCCGGGACUCAGACUCCCUUGGCAGCAGUUGCUAGUGGGACGCCCUUCAGUCCUCGACCCUGGUCGUACGAUCCUUCUCAUCGCUUAGCAAUACCCCAUCAGAUGGCUCUUCAUGGAUCAGCACACAUGAAGCCGGUGAGCCAAGACGUAUCGGGUCACGAUGAUCCAUCUACUAGACCUUCCACUGCAAACAGCAUCUCCUCUCCACGUGGUUCAGAGUCUGGGCCUUCGUCCCCUCAGUUGCCUCACAGAGCACAGCUCGCUGGUGGAAGCGACCGGAGAGAUUCUGCACUCGAUGCACUGACGCCCUUGUCAGCAUCGAGGCUCCAGAGCAGGCAGGCGUCAGAUCUGCAAGUGGUGGCCAGAGUCAGGUAUUCCGGGGACGUGCGCAUGACUCUAACGGCCGAAAUACUUCUUGACUAUCCAAUGCCGAGCUUCGUUGGAAUCCCUCUCAAGUUAGCCAUCACCGGUCUGACAUUUGAUGGUGUCGCUAUCGUGGCUUGGGUCAAAAGGAAGAUGCACUUUUGUUUUCUUGAUUCCGAGGACGCCGCUGCACUCGUCGGAGAAAGUGUGACAAACGAACAACGUAAGAAAUCAGGUAGCACAACAGGUUCAGGCGCCGGGCUGCCUGGACCUCUGCAGGAAAUCCACGUGGAAAGCGAGAUUGGACGACAGGAAGACGGCAAACAAGUACUCAAGAACGUGGGAAAGGUGGAAAAGUUUGUUCUUGAGCAAAUUAGGAAGAUCUUUGAGGAAGAGUUCGUCUUUCCCAGUUAUUGGACCUUCCUAGUAUGA